GUCGACAUCUUUCAGGAAAUGAAUUUAAAGAAAUGAGAAAUCCAGGAACUUGAACCCGAAACGAGUCACGGUGGAGUGGACCGAAGGACCAACUCUCUGUAGGCUAGUGUGAAUGUUGGGCACGCGGAGCAGAAGGAGAGAACAUGUUGAUAAAGGAAUUUCGAAUCGUCUUGCCCAUUUCUGUUGAAGAGUACCAGGUGGGCCAGCUGUACUCCGUAGCGGAGGCCAGUAAGAAUGAGACGGGCGGUGGAGAAGGGGUGGAGGUCCUGAAAAACGAGCCCUACGAGAAGGAGGAUGGCGAGAAAGGACAGUACACACACAAGAUCUACCACUUGCAGAGUAAAGUGCCAACUUUUGUACGGUUACUGGCCCCUUCAUCUGCUCUGAGUAUCCAUGAGAAGGCCUGGAAUGCUUAUCCUUACUGUCGGACAGUUCUUACGAAUGAGUACAUGAAGGACAAUUUUCUAAUCAUGAUUGAGACGUGGCACAAGCCUGACCUCGGUGAUCAGGACAAUGUCCAUAAGCUUGACCCCGAACAGUGGAAGAAGGUUGAAGUGGUACACAUCGACAUUGCUGACAGGUCUCAGGUGGACACUAAGGACUACAAACCAGAUGAGGAUCCAGCCACAUUUAAAUCACAGAAGACUAGUAGAGGGCCAUUAGGACCUGACUGGAAGAAAGAACUUCCUCAGAAGACCGACUGUCCUCAUAUGUGUGCCUAUAAACUAGUCACAGUCAAGUUCAAGUGGUUUGGCCUGCAGAAUAAAGUGGAGAAUUUCAUUCACAAGCAAGAGAAGCGCCUGUUCACCAACUUCCACAGGCAGCUCUUCUGCUGGUUAGACCGAUGGAUCGAUCUGACCAUGGAGGACAUCCGCCGCAUGGAGGAAGAGACACAGAAAGAACUUGAUAAUAUGAGAGUGAAGGAUCCAGUGAAAGGGAUGUCUGCCGCAGACGAAUGAGACACUGCAGCUGAAACUGUGUUGCAGCUGUUCGGCUUUGUCCUAGCAUUGGAAAGGAUCUCUGUGGCAUGAUGGGCCGCUCUCUCUCUCUCUUCAUGUUUCACUCCAGUAGAUUUGCUCUUUUUUUUUUUCACAUCUGCACCCAGGACAUCUCAUCCAGAGGUGUUUCUUACACUAAUAAAUAGCAACGUAUUUUUUCAAUCCAUGUUUCUGCCCUAUGUCUAUUAAAAUUUGAAAGUGUCUCAUAAAUGUUUACCCAUCUUCUUUUCUUCUUUUGUUUUUUUUUUGUUUUUUUACAAAUCUGACCGACCUCAGCACUCCUUUAAAUAACCUGUAUCACUAGCAUGUUAACAUGUUUACAUUUCUUUAACAGAUGUUUCCACCCUUGAUGUAUUUGCUGCAGGUUUUGUUUUUUAUUUGUACAACAUCAAGCUGCCUCAUGACGAAUCACCCUGAGUUUAUGCUAUUAGCAGUCUGCAGCUGUCCCAUUGUUUCUCAUAAGCCACUUUUCUCAGGACUUUUUGCAGAUCUGAAAGGACUGAAUUCUAACAAUGUGGUAAUACCAGGUUUACAGCAAGGAUGUAACAAACUUUAAUUUAAUUCAGUUGAAUUUCCAUACAGGGUCUAGGGCGUUAAAUAUCAUGUCAUGUUGGAGAUGUUUUAGCACAUGUUUUGAGCCUCCAUCAUAUGAGUCUUAAUUAUAAACUGUUGUCAGAUGUUUUGUUCCUCUUUUCCUUAAUACUGUGUUAAUUGGGCUUGGAUGCAGUGUAAUAUUUGUUUCAUAAUUAUGCCUCAUGACCUGCUAAUGAUAUUAAAAAGAAUUUAUAUUA